AUGCCCCUGUCCCACAGCAGGGCUGGGCAGACACCGUGCAGCAGCAAAGUGUGCAGGAACCUCUUCGGCCCCGUGGACCAUCAGCAGCUCCAGGAUGACCUCGAGGACUUGUUGAGGCAGGAGCUGGAGGAGGCUCAGCAGCGCUGGAACUUCGACUUCCAGAAGGAGACUCCCCUGGAAGGACCCUUCGUGUGGGAGAGGGUCUUCCUGGCUGAGCAGCCAGCCCGGGAGCUCCACAGCCUGGUCAGGGCCAGUGAGAACAGGAGCUCCUUGGUCCACAAGGUCCCUUCCAUGGACCAUCUGGACAGGAUUUGCCCCGAGGGGUCUCAGCAGAGCUCGAAUGUUUACAGGGCUGGUUCUCCCCAGAGCUUGAAACGUGGGCAGAGCACCCUCACAGACUUCUACAGCUCCAAGAGGAGGAUUGUCCAUGAGAAGCUCAAGCCUGACAAGCCCAAGCCAUGA